GUAACUGCAGAUGAGGGGAUCCUGCAUGCUUCUGGAAAUGGUGUGCCUCCAGUAACAAAGGAUUACUGCAUAAUUUACAAUUCUAAUUGGAUAUCUCUUCCAAAGAGCCUGGACAAUGCUACUUUCAGGUCUCUGGAAAAUCUGACUUCUACAGUACUCUGCAAUUCUUCUGAAGUUCCCUCUGGCUUAAUGAAGGACAAAGCAGUCGUAGUGAUGAGAGGAAACUGCACUUUUUUGGAGAAAGCAAGAAUUGCACAAAGUUUGGGUGCUAAGAUGCUGCUGAUUGCCAGUAAACCUAGGCUGUCUCCUCUUUCAGAUAACAAGACUGAUUUUGAAGAUGUAACUCUUCCAGUUGCUCUUAUAAGAUAUAAUGACAUAGUAGAUAUGCAGCUGACACUUGGAAGUGAAGUUAAUGUGACUCUGUAUUCACCACCUUUGCCAGAGUUUGAUUGCAGUAUGGUUGUCAUCUUCCUAAUUGCUGUGUUUACAGUGGCACUAGGAGGCUACUGGAGUGGAGUAGCAGAACUUGAGAACUUGAAAGCAAUAGCAACUCCUGGGGAGAGAGAAACAAGACGGAAGAAGGAAGAAAAUGUUACUUUCACCCCUGUAACAGUUAUCUUGUUUGUUGUCAUCUGUUGUGUCAUGCUGGUGUUACUGUAUUUCUUCUACAAAUGGUUAGUGUAUGUUAUAAUAUCAGUCUUCUGCUUGGCAUCUGCAAUGAGUCUAUACAACUGUCUUGCGGCAUUAAUAGGAGAAAUACCAUUUGGGCAGUGCAGGAUUGCAUGUUGCAACAAAAACAUUGAAGUGAGGCUUAUUUUUCUUGCUGUUUUCUGCAUAGCAGCAGCUGUUGUCUGGGCAGUGUUUCGAAAUGAAGAUAGGUGGGCUUGGAUUUUGCAAGAUAUUUUAGGAGUUGCUUUCUGCCUAAACUUUAUUAAAACACUGAAAAUGCCCAACUUUAAGUCCUGUGUGAUACUUCUGGGCCUUCUCCUUCUAUAUGAUGUAUUUUUUGUCUUCAUAACACCAUUUAUCACAAAGAAUGGGGCAAGUAUAAUGGUUGAAGUUGCAGCUGGUCCUUUUGGAAACAGUGAAAAGAAUGAUGGAAACUUGGUGGAAGUCCCUACUGAACGCUCAGCUCCCCAUGAGAAAUUACCUGUGGUUAUUAGAGUGCCUAGACUUGAAUACUCUGCAUCGACACUGUGUGACAUGCCAUUUUCAUUGUUGGGUUUUGGAGACAUUAUUGUCCCAGGGCUUCUGGUUGCCUAUUGUCGAAGAUUUGAUGUUCAAACAAGUUCAUCUUCUGUAUACUACAUUUCCUGUACAAUAGCUUAUGCUGUUGGUAUGGUGCUGACUUUCAUUGUUUUGGCAUUAAUGAAGAUGGGACAACCUGCCCUACUCUAUCUUGUACCAUGUACACUCAUUACUAGCUCGCUUGUUGCUUGGAGGCGCAAAGAGAUGAAGAAGUUUUGGAAAGGAAGCAGUUACCAGGUAUCGGACUCCUCCAGGACGCCUUUGCUACAAGAUGAUGGAACACCUGGAUUACACAGGAAAUGAAGAAAGCACAGCAUCAGCCAGUGAACAGCCUGGAGGACAAUAACAUGUAGGAUCCUGAUUGAAAAUAGUAUUCAAAUUUUCUACAAAUGAAUUACAGUAAAUUUGGUGAAGUUUUACAAUAGAGUAUUUCCUACUCUGUGUAAAAGGGGUUUUUACUCCCACACUUAUAUUUUUAUGGAAAAUAUUGUUAAUAACAUAGAAGUAAUCAAAAUAGACUUGCAUUUUUACAUCCAAACCAUAGCUAGUAAAACCGUGCCUUAUUUUGAUUUAAAUAAAAGGAUAUUUUCUAUGCAA